AUGGUCAACAUCAUCCUCUCCACCUUCUUCGUUGCGCUUACGAGCGCGACUCGACUCCCACGCCAUGCAGAUGACAUGGACGUAAAUCCUACCACCCAAGCUGGAGCAGCAGCACCCUCUGAAGCAGUCAAAUGGGUGUAUGUUACUGCUACUGACUACAUAACUGUGUAUCCCACAGCAUCACAAGCACCUGCACCCACCCCACCAGGUUCGGUUCCUAUCGUAGAAUCCAAAAAACCCAGUGCUAUCCCGAGUUUAGCACUCAGCAGUAGCUUAAUUCCGUACGGUUCGGGACUCCCGGGACCUUCCCCACUGUCUUCUGCCACCAUUGUUGUUUCCAAAGCUCCAGAGGCAAGCACCACUGCCUGUAAUAAGGCGAGCUCAAGCAUGGCAGGUCCACCAACUCAGCUCCCCGCAUCCUUGACACUUGUUCCGCAUGGCUUUCCCGGUUACAAGCCAGCACCUGCAUCCUGUGCGGCACCAGUGGCUCCAUUGAGCUCUGCAACUCCGUCAGCCCUGACGCCCACGCCCACACCAACCAGCAUGGCCGCCACAAGCACUGCGAUCGUCAUCGUCCCCACCAGCCUCCCCGUCGUCCUCGCCAGAUCCUUCAACUGGUCGAAAGACUCCCUCUCGAUCGCAGUCGACAAGCGCCAGGAUGACGAGAGCGAGAGUAGCUCGACACGCACAACUACGAUCAAGACGACGAUCGUGACGAGCAGACUCCCCAGCUCGACUCUACGCUCUGCGCUUUCGUCAACUGCUAAGCCUUCGAAGACUGAUUCCGCUACGGUCGUCACGUCUGUUGUCGUCGGACGAUGGGCGCUGUCCGUACCCGUAUCAUCCUACGCGUUUGCGGUUGACGGCGACGAGUACAGUCGUACUAGUCCUAGUUACGGACUUCAUUUUGACGGUGGCGGCGAGCGCGCCGCCAGCGUGUUGCGGUGGCUGAUAUGGGCAGCGACAGUCAUGGCUGAUCAUUAA